AUAUAGACUUUCCAAUUGUGUACCUCUCUUUUCUUGUCUUCUUAAUCAGAAAAUCAAUAAUUCUCUUCUACUUUCUUCAUUUUUCCCUUUCUCUUGUAAGUCUCUCUUUUCAUUGAUUCUUUCUAUUGGUGGCGAGCUUCGUUCAAUCGUUUUAGCAUUUCUCUUGUAAGUUUCGGCCUUGCUUUCCUCCGAUGGAGGAUUUGAAAACAACAGACGCACUAUCUCUUCCAGUUGUUAGUGAUAAUGGUGGAAUAAUAGAGCCUGAGUUGCAGCUACCUCAAGCAAUACCAACAGAACUUGAGAAUAAUGAAGAAGAAAAUGGGACAAUUCAACAAUCUCAAAGUGAAGAAGAUUCCGCAGAAAAUGGGAAAAUUUAUAUGGAUGACACUUUUUUACCUUCAAAAUCUCAAGUAAAAGAAACACAAGAUUCUCCUACUACUCCUAGUUUUGUGUCUCCCUCUGCUGAGAUUGUUCUGCCUCGCGUAAACACCAAGUAUGAAGCAGAGGGCACAACAAGAAAUGCAGUGUCUCCAAGACCUCUGUAUUCCCCUAGAAGCAUUGGAUCUCCAAGAGCACUACUGUCUCCAAGGUUUGCAGGAUCAUCAUCACCAUUGAGCAAUGGAACACCCAUAAGUAUGGAUUCUUUCAGAGACUCAAUUGAUACAGCAUCACCUUUUGAAUCUGUCAAAGAAGCUGUUUCCAAAUUUGGGGGAAUAACUGAUUGGAAGGCACAUAGAAUGAAAGUAUUAGAGCGACGCAAUUUUGUGGAACAAGAGCUCGACAAGAUCCAGGAGGAGAUUCCUGAGUACAAAAAGAAAUCAGAGAUGGUCGAGAUGUCAAAAAUGCUAGCGGUUGAGGAGCUAGAGAGUACAAAGAGGCUCAUAGAAGAAUUGAAGCUUAAUCUUGAAAAAGCUGAAACAGAAGAACAACAGGCAAAGCAAGACUCUGAGCUUGCCAAGCUGAGAGUUCAAGAGAUGGAACAAGGAAUUGCUGAUGAAGCUAGUGUUGCAUCUAAAGCACAGCUUGAAGUCGCUCAAGCAAGACAUACAUCUGCAAUUUCAGAAUUGGAAUCUGUCAAGGAAGAGCUACAAACUCUGCAAAACGAGUAUGACGCCUUGGUAAAAGAGAAAGAUUUGGCUGUGAAGGAAGCUGAAGAAGCGGUUAUUGCUUCAAAAGAAGUUGAGAGGAAAGUUGAAGAACUCACUAUAGAGUUGAUAGCUACAAAGGAGUCAUUGGAAUGUGCACAUUCUUCUCAUUUGGAGGCGGAAGAACAUAGGAUUGGAGCUGCCAUGUUGCGUGAUCAGGAGACUCACCGGUGGGAGAAGGAACUAAAGCAAGCAGAGGAAGAACUACAAAGACUUAAGCAACAUUUAGUUUCUACAAAGGAAUUACAAGUGAAACUUGAAUUUGCAUCAGCCUUGCUGCUUGAUUUGAAGAAAGAAUUGGCAGAUCAUAAAGAAUCAUCCAAGGUAAAGGAGGAAACGAGUGAGACAGUAGUAACAAACAUUGAGAUUUCAUUACAGGAAAAAACUACAGAUAUACAAAAAGCUGUUGCUUCUGCAAAGAAAGAACUCGAAGAAGUGAACGCGAAUGUGGAGAAAGCAACUUCUGAAGUGAAUUGCUUAAAGGUUGCAUCCUCUUCCUUGAGAUUGGAAAUUGAUAAGGAGAAAUCAGCACUUGACUCAUUAAAACAAAGAGAAGGGAUGGCAUCGGUAACGGUUGCUUCUCUAGAAGCUGAGAUCGACAUAACGAGGUGCGAAAUAGCUUUGGUUAAGUCCAAGGAAAAAGAAACUAGAGAGGAAAUGGUGGAGCUACCAAAGCAACUGCAACAAGCAAGUCAAGAGGCAGAUGAAGCGAAAUCAUUCGCUGAACUUGCUCGUGAAGAGCUGCGGAAGUCUCAAGAAGAAGCAGAGCAAGCAAAGGCUGGAGCAAGUACAAUGGAGAGCAGAUUAUUUGCAGCUCAGAAAGAAAUUGAGGCUAUUAAAGCUUCAGAGAGGCUGGCAUUAGCUGCCAUCAAGGCCUUGCAAGAGAGUGAAUCUAGUUCAAAGGAAAACGCUGUUGAUUCUCCGAGGACUGUAACACUGACAAUAGAAGAGUACUAUGAGCUUAGCAAGCGUGCUCACGAGGCUGAAGAAGCCGCCAAUGCAAGAGUUGCAGCAGCGGUUUCUGAGGUUGGAGAAGCCAAAGAAACAGAAAAGAGAAGCUUGGAGAAGUUGGAAGAAGUAAACAAAGAGAUGGUUGAGAGAAAGGCAACACUUGCAGGAGCAAUGGAGAAGGCUGAGAAGGCUAAAGAAGGGAAGUUGGGUGUAGAACAAGAGCUGAGAAAAUGGAGGGAAGUAAGUGAAAAAAAGAGAAAGAAUGGUAGUAGCCAUGGAAAAAGCAUUCAAGGGUCGAAGGAGAAAGAAGCUGAGACUAGUGUAUCUAACGAAACAGAAACAAACCCAAUCCCACAGGUAAAUCCUGUAAAGAAAAAGAAGAAACUUUUCCCAAGAUUUUUUAUGUUCUUGAUGAAGAAAAAGUCACAUAAGUGAGUUCGAUGUGAAGAAGUCGAUUGUGUAAAAUUCUAUAAAUAUUUAAUCUAUACUAUUAACUUAGAGCUAAAGCUUCCUUAGUUUCAAAGAUGUCUGGAACAAUACAUGAACCCAACAAGAUCAAUGUUUGUUUCUGUCAUGAGUUAGUCAAUGAAUCAGAGAAUACACAU